UGGAUCUGCGGUCGGUUGAUUCCCUCAACUGAUUUCCUGUAGCGCAACUGAUUUCAUGUAGAAUCUGCCUGUUGGAGAGCAGGGAUGUCUGGGGAAAAGGAACAGCGGUGCAUUACUUUUGAGGUUCUUAAGAUGUUGAGUGAUAAUACCCCAGUGCAUUUGAGCCUCCCCACAUUAGGUCUCUCAAGGUAGAUGAAGGGAUGUAUCACUUAGAUGCUUGAACCUGCGGCACUCGGCAACCAAUCACAGGACCAAAGGAUUCUCGUACCUUGAGGUGCAAACCUGGGCAAAGAUGUUGAAGCCAAGUGGACUUAAAAUUCCUGGGAGGGCCGGGAAGCAUGCCAGUCCAGUGGGACGUCCUGGUGGGACAGCAGCAGCUGCUUCCACAACCAGCAAUGCCACAAAAGAAGGAUCACCUCUUCACAAACAGGCUUCCACAUCUUCCACAGGUGCCUCCGAGAAGCUGCCAGGGUCAAAAAUUGCUGAGGUGGGCGAUGACUUCCUGGGGGACUUUGUGAUGGGUGAACGUGUUUGGGUGAAUGGAGUGAAGCCAGGCAUAAUCCAGUAUUUGGGAGAGACCCAGUUUGCCCCCGGCCAGUGGGCAGGAGUUGUUCUAGAUGACCCAGUUGGGAAGAACGAUGGUUCUGUCGGCGGAGUGCGUUACUUUGAAUGCCAGCCACUCCAGGGGAUCUUCACGAGGCCUUCCAAGUUGACCCGCCAACCCACGACGGAAGGUUCAGGAAGCGAUGCUCAUUCUGUGGAGUCUCUGACCGCUCAGAACUUGUCCUUGCACUCCGGGACUUCCACCCCACCUCUUUCCACUCGCGUCAUUCCUCUGCGCGAGAGUGUUCUCAACAACACCAUGAAGACUGGAAAUGAAUCUGGUUCCAACCUCUCAGACAGCGGAUCGGUGAAAAAAGGGGAUAAAGACUUCAGACUUGGGGACCGUGUCCUUGUUGGUGGAACAAAAACUGGCGUGGUGCGCUAUGUAGGGGAGACGGAUUUCGCCAAAGGGGAAUGGUGUGGUGUGGAGUUGGAUGAACCUCUGGGAAAGAACGAUGGAGCUGUUGCUGGAACAAGAUAUUUUCAGUGCCCGCCAAAGUUUGGCCUCUUUGCUCCUAUCCAUAAGGUAAUCCGGAUUGGGUUCCCAUCCACCAGCCCAGCCAAAGCCAAGAAAAGUAAGAGGAUGGCCAUAGGAGUCUCAGCCUUGACCCACAGUCCCAGCAGCUCGUCCAUCAGCUCUGUCAGUUCUGUGGCCUCCUCCGUAGGGGGAAGGCCUAGCCGGAGUGGACUGCUGACUGAGACAUCUUCUCGGUAUGCCCGGAAGAUCUCUGGCACAACAGCCCUUCAGGAAGCAUUGAAGGAAAAGCAGCAGCACAUCGAACAGCUCCUGGCUGAGCGUGACCUGGAGCGUGCUGAAGUUGCUAAGGCAACCAGCAUCUGUGAGGUGGAGAAGGAGAUUGCCAUCUUGAAAGCUCAGCACGAGCAGUAUAUAACGGAAACCGAAGGAAAUUUGCAGAGAGCACGAGCCUUGCUGGAUGCAGCGCAGAAGGAGAAAGUAGAGUUGCUGAACCAGUUAGAAGAGGAGAAAAGGAAGGUAGAGGAUUUACAGUUCCGUGUUGAGGAAGAAUCCAUUACAAAGGGAGAUUUGGAGACACAGACGCAGCUGGAGCAUGCUCGAAUACGGGAGCUCGAACAGAGCCUCCUGUUUGAGAAGACCCAGGCAGCAAAGCUUCUCAGAGAAUUGGAGGAGAGCAGGUUAACUACCGUGGCAGAAAAAUCAAGAAUCCUUCAGCUGGAGGAAGAGUUGACCUUAAGGCAAAGUGAGGUGGAAGAGUUGCGGGAAUGUUUAAAGAAUUCCCAUCAGCCAGAGUCUCCAGAUCACAGCCUGGGCCUGCAGACCGAAACUCUCCGCUUACGUGGCCAGUUGUUUUCAGCCAACAAGGAGCACCAGAAAGAGAGUAUCCAACUGAAAGAGAAGUAUGAGAGGACUUUGAAGAAGCACCAGCAGGAGGUUGAGAAGUUGAAAGCUGUCAAUGAAAAGUACUCCCAAGAAAUUGUGGACCUCACAAAAGUUCAGCAGGCCACCAAUGAGAACAUGGGCUUAAUGGACAACUGGAAGUCAAAGCUGGACACGUUAGCAUCAGACCAUCAGAAGUCAUUGGAGGACCUCAAGGCUACUUUGAACACAGGCUCUGACAGCCAGCAGCAUAAGGAAAUAGUGGAGCUGAAAGCUGUAGUAGAAAGCAUCAAAUUGGAGCACCAGUUAGAGAUGGAGAACCUAAAAGCUAAGCAUGACAUUGAGAUGGCAGUUCAUAUUAAAGAGAAGGAAAGCCUUAAGCUGAAGGUGCAAGAAGUCAAGGAGGAGAUGGAAGAAAGCGACAACAAUUGGAAGAGCCAGUUGGAAACCAAAACAAACCUGCAGCUGAUGGAACUUCAGGACUUGAAGGAUAAGUGUCGAGAUGCUGACCUCAGAGUUCAUGAGUUGGAGAAGCUACACAGUGAUUACAAAGACCAGGCACAAGCCAUCGCUUUCUUGAAAGAGCAGAUCUCCUUGGCUGAGAAAAAGAUGCUGGACUAUGAAACCCUGCAGAAAACUGAGGUUCAAAGUAAACAAGAGAUUCAGCGGUUACAGGAGAAAGUUCUUGUGUUAGAGAAUAAAUUGCACUCCACGGAGCCCCUCCACCCUUCCCAACCCCCAAUGUGAUGUUUGAGUUGAAAGACCACCAGUAUGAUUGAAACAAAUGACAUUUCAGAAGAAAAGAUCAAGAUGAAACAAGCCAUGGAAGAUCUCCAGGACAAAUUGAAUAAAAAGGACAAAGAGGUAUCAUCGCUUGUCUCCCAGACAGAUACUCUAAGGGCCCAAGUAAGUGCAAUGGAAAAUAGAUGCAAGAGCUCUGACAAGAAGGCGGAUUCUUUGUUGAAAGAAAAGAAAAGGCUGGAAGCAGAUCUAGAAACAAUGUCAAGAAAAACCCACGAUGCUUCUGGUCAGCUGGUUCUGAUCAGCCAGGAGCUAUUAAAAAAAGAAAGAAGCUUGAACGAGCUGCGGGCGUUGCUAAUGGAAGCCAGCCGGCACUCGCCAGGCCCUGAACGAGACUUAAGCCGUGAGGUGCACAAAGCCGAGUGGAGGCUGAAGGAGCAGAAGCUCAAAGAUGACAUCAAAGGACUGCGAGAAAAACUCAGCAUCCUGGACAAAGAAAAAGCAGUCACAGAUCAGCGGCGGUAUUCCCUUAUUGAUCCUUCUUCGGAGACCGAGAUCCUCCGAUUGCAACACCGGCUGGUCAGCACCGAGGACGUCCUGAGGAAUGCCUUGGAGCAUGGCCAGCAAAUGGAAAAACUGAUGGAAGCUAUGCGCAGCUGCUCUGAAAAAGCACAGACUAUUGGAAAUUCUGGAUCCGCUAAUGGAGUCCAUCAGCAAGAAAAGUCUCACAAACAGGAGGAGAAACACUGAUGGAAAAGAAGGAAGGAAGAGAGGAAAAGAAUAUGGAAAUCAUUGGCUCUGUUGUUGAAGAAGAGGGAAACUUGGAGACGCCUCCCCCAAAGCACCACCAAAAGCAUUUCCACUCUAUGAACCAAGUGGAAGUCAAGAAGGAGGGUUCCUCCCCAGUGAUUUCUUUAGUUCUACGUUGGGUCCAGCUCUUCCAAAGAUGCGGUACAGUGGUCGUGCCUGUGGCUGAAUUUCUCUUUUGCUACCUGCAGCCUUUGGCGGUCAUUUUUAUUGGCAUGGUGUGGAUCAUGUCAGGUUUUUUUGGGGAGGUACUUCCUGCUGCGCCGGCGAGAUACCUCAUUUCAGUGGCUUUUGAAAGACAUUGGAGAUUUUUCUAAGCGACGCCCCCUUUGAAUACUUGCUUAAGUAGCUAAUAAUUUUGCACACAGUUUUCAGAUUUCCCCUUCCAGAUCCGCCAGAUGGACCCAGAUUACAAGUCUGCAAAAGAGCAAAGAUCGAGCACCAUUGACCAUAGGGAACAACCCAAUGCCUGUUUGAAGAGAAUCUCUGCCCACUACAUUAAAAAAAAACCCCUCUCUUGAGGUGUCAGAAAUAUAGAGACUUUGCUUAAAACCUAACGAUAUAACAUGGGAUACGCCUUGUGAGGUGGACCUUCUCUAACUUAUUUUAACUUCAGUCAUUAUCAAGUCAUUGGUGGUUUUAGAGUUUCUGAGCCAAUGGUGGACUUCUAAGCUGGUGCCCGCAUAGUUACAUCUCUCAUCUCUCAUUCAGAGAUACAUCAUCUUUAAGCCAAUGAUGGUUAGCCCUUGAAACUAAAGUUGAGUUGACCUAAAGAUCUAAUCAGCAACUCUGGAGGCAACUGCGAUGUCCUUGUUUUGAGGGUGGGGGGGGGUGGCAUUCUUUCUUUCUCUUCGACUUAUUACGCUUGAAAUUUGGAAACAUUUUCCCAAUAGCUCUUUUCUUUUCUUUUCCUGUCUUUUUUAAACAACCUAGGCCCUGUUUCUACACGCAAGCAGAAUUGCAGGGAUUAAAACCCUUUACACCCAAAUAAGAUGCUUUUCAUGUGUUUCGGAUUUCAGCUUCCAAUCAUUAAGACAGAACUGCAAAAAAAAAAGGGGGGGGAUGAAUCCAAAA